AUGAAACAACUUAAAAAUGUCAUUGGCAUUGGCCGAAAACGCAGAGAAAUACUAUUUAAAUCUAAUGCACAGGUGCACGCAAAAUUUAUAAGAGCAAUAAGAGAUACUGACUUAAUUCAUGGAUCUGGAUUUGUUUUAAACGAAACUUUAGAUAUAUCUAACAAUAUUUCCGGUCAGGGUGUACAUAUACAUGAUGAUUAUGGGAGCAGAGUUCUCCUUUUUAAAGAAAAAUGUGUAAAGAUAUCGACUGUAAUGGAUUUCUUGAAGGAGGCAUCCGACAUUCUUCAUACUAUAGCUAAUGACUCAAUGCAAGUUAUAAUUGAAAUGUCUUCCAUUAGGGCUGAAUUGCAAGAAUUUUCAAGUGAUGCGUUGGUUGAUAACUUGACUUUAGAGAAUAUAGGCAUAAGCAAAGAAUAUGCUGAGAAAGAUUAUAAUUUGACCGACGAUGAUCUUGAGAAAGCUACCGAAGAAACAAAAGCAUCAAUUAAAGAUGAUCCUCUCCUUAAUGAAAUAAAUUCAGCUGCACAAUUGUCAAUGGAAAAUUUAGACGAAGAAAUGCAAUCUAUUGAAUCUAUUAACUUUUUUGACACCUGGAUGAUAGCUUUGGAAAAUAUGACACACGACUAUUUUGAUAAAACCGAUUGCAAAGGAUUUCAAGAUUGCACAUUGCAUUCUAUAUCAAUUCUCUACGAAUUAUAUGAGGAUGAGAAGGUACCAAAUAUUAGCAACAUCAAAAAUGCAAUUCUUGAUUUGGAAAGCGUGUUAAUAGAAAUGUUUCAGAACGAGUCACAAUUUCUGGCAGACUUGACCAUAGCAAUGCAGUCCAUCAAGACAAGCGUCUCAUUCUUAUAUGAUGCUAAUCCCUUUUGCUCAGUUGCACCAACCUUUCUGACAAUUUUGAAAAGCCAAACGCUGCUUUUGUCAUCGGAGGCGGUAUUCAUUUGCAAUGCGACAGGCAAUCCGAAUCCAUUAUAUUGGUGGCUUAAGAAUGAAGAGUUUCUGCAGAAUGAACAUCAAAGGCGUUUAUUAAUUGCAAAUGUAUCUACAACAGACAAUGCUACAUACACAUGCAUUGCAGGAAAUGUUGUGGCAAACAUAACAUCUAAUAAGGCAUAUCUGCAUGUAAUAGAAUACGAUGACGACGAAUGUGAAGCAGAAAACGGGGGUUGCGAACAUUUGUGUAGCAAUACGAUUGGAAGCUUUGAAUGUAGUUGCUUAACAGGAUACGUAUUAAACGAGGACAUGCUUACUUGUUCAGCGGUACCUAAAGAAAAAGAGGACUUUGGAUAUAGCGGAAUACGUGACAUAGUAUUGGCUGUGUCAGUCUCCCUGCUGGGUACAGCUGUAUUGAUAGCCGCUAGCCUCAUUGUAUACUUUAAAGUCAGCAAAAAUAAAGUGAUGCCAGGCUCUACUAAGAGCAACAUCGCCGCAAAAGGCCUGCCAGAAAUGAAGGUCGUCCCUGACGGACCUGUCGUAGAAGUUGAUAGUACGCUAGGGCCGAAAAAGACAACAUUCAGUAGAUAUUUCAACGUCAACAAAAUUGGACCAACUGAAUAGCAAGAGAACAAUCGGCUGAAACAUGUGCCUCUUUGAAAUGUUAUACAUAUAACCAGACUUUGAUCUUUAAUUUAAUUAAGUUGUAUAGAAUUUGACUAGAAAAAUUAUUACUCAAGAUUAAUAUGAACGUUAUGUUUGUGCAACUUGUGUAUGUAUAAAAAUGAUAAACGUACGAAUGACGCAUUUUCAAUCUUGUUAUGAUAGGAACAUAAUAGAAAUGUAUCUAACUAUUCGAAAUCGUAAUUCAUUGCAUUAUUUCUUAAUUUCAUGAAAAAAUGUUGUAAAGAUUAACAUUGCAUUUAAAUCACUAAUGUAUCGAUAUAACUUUUUCAUGAAUACGUUUUGAUGGAAUUGUAAUCGGAUAGCAUGUGCGUGUAUGUUGGCUAAAUUUAAAUUUAAAAUAGUUUUUGCGAUUCAAAAAAUUGUUGUGCAACCUGCCGAUUGACAAUCAACUAAAAAGCAAUCUAACUAUUGAGUAUUACUUACCUUAAAUGAUUCAAACUUGCAUUUUAAGUCUUUAUAUACGUUGAGCUGGAAAUUGUUUUGAACAUUAUUUACAGAAACAAACUUAUGUGCUUUGUUUCAAGACUUACCAAUUAGGCAGAUCAUAUGCUGAUUAAAGGAGCUGUAAGAAUAAAUUAUUAUAUUAAUCAAUGAUUAAUUAUCCCCCCCCAAUUAA